UGUUUGUCCUGAACCAGCGGGGUGAAGGUGAAGACGGCCCGUCUCUCUUCUCUCUGCCUGUCGCUGGAAGCAGCGUUUCUCCCGUUUCUUCCUCCUCCUGCACGGCACCGGGAUCAUCUGCUUCCCCCCCCCACCUCCCCGAGCCAUGUCCGUAUUCAGCGAUGUCCCGCAGGCCCCUCCUGUAGCGGUCUUCAAACUGACCGCCGACUUCAGAGAGGACAGCCACCCGCAGAAGGUGAACCUGGGAGUCGGAGCUUACCGUACCGACGACUGCCAGCCCUGGGUGCUGCCGGUGGUGAAGAAGGUGGAGCGGCUGAUCGUGGAGGACGACAGCCUGAACCACGAGUACCUGCCCAUCCUCGGCCUGCCCGAGUUCCGCUCCGCCUCCUCCAAGGUCGCCCUGGGAGAUGACAGUCCCGCCAUCAAGGAGAACAGGGUUGGGGGAGUUCAGGGUCUGGGUGGCACCGGUGCGCUGAGGAUCGGGGCAGAGUUCCUGCGGCGCUGGUACAACGGCACCAACAACACAGCUACGCCAGUCUACGUCUCAGCGCCCACCUGGGAGAACCACAAUAGCGUGUUUGCUGAUGCUGGCUUCAAAGACAUCCGGCCCUACCACUACUGGGAUGCUGCUAAGAGGGGCCUGGACCUCACCGGGCUCCUGGAUGACCUGGAGAAAGCGCCAGAACGCUCCAUCUUCGUCCUGCACGCCUGCGCACACAACCCCACCGGCACUGACCCGACCCAGGAGGAGUGGAAGAAGAUUGCAGAGAUCAUGAAGAGGAGGAAUUUGUUCGUGUUCUUUGACUCGGCCUACCAGGGCUUCGCCUCUGGCAGUCUGGAUAAAGACGCCUGGGCCAUCCGCUACUUUGUCUCUGAGGGCUUGGAGCUCUUUGUAGCUCAGUCCUUCUCCAAAAACUUCGGCCUGUACAAUGAGAGAGUGGGGAACCUGACGGUGGUUGCCCAGGACAGCGAGAACCUGACCCGCAUCCUGUCUCAGAUGGAGAAGAUUGUCAGGACGACCUGGUCCAACCCACCGUCUCAGGGAGCACGCAUCGUCAGCAAGACCCUCAACUGCCCCGAGCUGUUCGCUGAGUGGAAGGGUAACGUGAAGACCAUGGCAGACCGGGUUCUGCUGAUGAGGGAUCAGCUGAAGACAAAGCUGCAGGCUCUGGGCACCCCGGGGACCUGGGACCACAUCACCCAGCAGAUUGGCAUGUUCAGCUUCACCGGCCUGAACCCCAAACAGGUGGAGUUCAUGAUCAAAGAGAAGCACGUGUACCUGAUGGCCAGCGGUCGCAUCAACAUGUGCGGUCUGACCACCAAGAACAUCGACUAUGUCGCUCAGUCCAUCCACGAGGCCGUCACCAAGAUCCAGUAAAGACCGCUUCCCUGUCCGCCCACUUCCUGCCUCCUGUGCGCCACAGGAAGUACCAUCAUGUCUGUAGCCCCUGUGCCCCCUGUGCCCCGCCCCUGCUUUUCCUCUCCUCCGAUUGGAUAAACUGCAGCAGGAUUUUUGCAGUUGCGCCAAUGGGAGGCAGGAUGUGUUGCUGUUCUCACACAAAAGGUAUAAAUCCCUGGGAGGUGCAAUGACUUUAGGAAAACACUUGAACGGUCAGGUAUUACUGUCUAGCAGAGCUCCGUAUACCCGAAUGUGAAGAAGAUAGAAAGUUGAAAGUCUUUUAUCCAGGUCCCGUCAUUUUUAAAUUUGCCACCUCUGUACUUUCCCAAUCGUUUCCGGUCACAAAUGUUCACUUGAGUGUUUGUUUGUUGCACGUUGGACAUCAGAACGUCAGCCAGUGAGAUUUGUAAUGAAAUUCUCGUGCUUCCUGAAUAAUUUAUAGCACUUCAAGGGAUUGGAUGUGAUGUAUCUGUAGUCUUGAACAAAUGGCAGGACAGACGAGUUAAUGUAAAUAGAUGUAAUAACUGAAAGAGCAUUUGCUGCGUAGGCACUGAAGCAGAUAUAUACUGAACCGUGUGUCUGUGUGUGUGUGUGUGUCUGCCUGUGUGUGUGCGUGAGUGUAUGUGUGUGUAUGUGUCGCACUCGCACACACAUUCACUCACUCACUCACCAUUCAGCCACAACACUAAAAACCAGUUAGCAACAAGUUGUUUUUACGGUUGUUGGUGCGUCUGGUUUUAAUGUUAGAUAAGUUGUUGAAGACAACUAAUCACAGCACAAUCGACUCAUCCCAGCAGAUUCGUUAUUUUCAAGUCUGAGAAAGGGCGUUACGGGUUUAACAGUUAUCGUCUCCAUCGUGUGACUUGGAUCAUUUAAAGGUAAUGCAUGUGCCUGAUGUUGGAGUUUUUGCCUUGUCAGAACUGUGCAGCUAUGUAGAAGAUCGUAAUGUUAGUUGAAGUUCACAGAGCGACUUUGUGUGCCACCAGUGAACAAAAAUCCCCCCCUCCUCGCUCUGUUCUUUUCUCUCCACCCUGCAGUGCCCUUAUCGUGUCACAGAAAGCUUCUGUAAAGUCAGUUGUCGUAACGAGCCACUCUGAUCAGACCUCAGAGCCUGACACUUGUUAGCCACUCAGCCACACUCCUGCGAUUCGGUGUUGUCUGCGGUGGCACACAGCGGUAUGUGUGUUCAUACUGAAAUAAAUUAUAAACCACAGGAACCAA